CAGAAAUCGGAAAAAUGGGGGAAGAGGUUAUAUUGUUUGCAGUUUCAGAAUCAGUCAAGCGUAUAUUGCGAACCAGUUGAGUCGCCAGACGAUAGCUGCUCUUCGGGAGUAAAAUUUUAACAGCAGAAUGAAGAAAAUUUAUGUCAAUUUAUUGAUUACACUCUCUAUCUUUGGAUCUGGGCUUGCAUAUCCUCAUACACGAGCGAAACGAAGCUUGUUCUCAUAUUUCUUCGGAGGUGGCUCAACAGAACCUCCCUCAACGACAACUGAACCUGCGGUUACGGAUUCGCCGGACGAUGAUCAACAGUUGGUAUAUUUCGUGCCCAAACCAAACGAUCCUAAUGUUCCACCAACAUUUGUGCCGGUUGUUCCGGUACGGUAUUAUACCUCUCCUAACGGCCAGAAUUACAUUGCCGUUAGGCCGGUAAUGGUGCAGUAUCCAAAUACAAACGUACCCUACCUUCCGACGUAUCUGCCGACAAACAAAAUUUCCGAAGUUGAGAAAUACAAACCAAAUGAAACGCAGAAAAAGUAUUCGGCUGAAUCAGCGUUCGGUUUGAGUCCUUCGGAGGUCUCCGAGCUCAAUCAAUUGGCGAAACAAUUAGGCGUGCAAGAUAUGCACGAUUUACCUCCGCUGGAAGAGGUCAUGACUCUGUUGGGCACAACAAAUAAGAGUGAAACUAUCAAGGCAGUCCGUGACUACGCGUCUACUCCAGGUGGCUUAGAAUUGAUAAAAGAAUAUGUACUAAGUUACCAACCGGUGAAACGGAUGGAUACAUUUGAGAAAGAAAAACAUGACAAUGAGAUUGAGUAUAAUGGAAAAUAUGCUGCAGGGAGAUCAUUGAACUCAGAGGACUAUGUAGUACCAAACAAUCAAGUUCCGAUCAUCGGCUAUUCACAAAUGCAUGCGUUUGAUAAAAUUGAGAGCACAAAACCAGUUCGAGAAACAGGAUUUUUCGCUGCACUUCGCUCAUUUUUCUCAUUCGGUUCAACUGGAGCAGACAAUACCUUAGAUGAAAUCAAAGAGUUCAAGUCCUCAUCUAUCCCCAGCUCAGGCCAAAUUCCAAUGUUUGGAUCGAAACUGAUCCCGCACUUCAUAAUUCCAAUUGGGCCUCUACCCGAUGACUUGUAUACCAGAAACGUUUCACAGCGAAACACAGAAGGUCUUCCCAUGUCUCCUUCUAUUCAAGAUAUGGACCCGUUUUUAUGGAAAUCACCUCAGAUAGAUGCCACAAGUACUGAGUUACCUAUAGAAAGCUCAACUCAUUCUCAGCCGAAUGUUACAGAAAGUUUUCAGGACAAUGUUGGUGAGAAUGAACUAAGCGAUGAGGUCAGACAACUUCCCGUUCGAAUUUCAUUGCCGGAUGAAUCUAUUGAAAAUAUCCAUACGAGUAACUUAAACGAAGUAACUGUAUCACCAAGUGGAAAAGUCUCAGUGCAAAUACCAGAAGCUGCAGGUGAAGAUACCGUUUCAGAAACGACAACCGUGAUCACUACAACAGUUGGUGGCCUUCAUCAUACCACUGAGAACACUAUUGAAUAGGCUGGAAUAUAAUUAGUGAAAUGUUAAUAUCAAUGCCAUUGUAAUGCGUAGUUAUUUAUAAACUUUGGGAACAAUAAUUCUUUCUAUAAUAUUUAUUUGUACUUUAGUAAUCGUGUUGUCUUCGGUGUCCUCGAUAAUAUAUUAUACAAUUUUUGUACACAGAAA